AUGUCGUCAAUAGGCCCUCAACUUCCACCACACCUCACAAAGCGCAAACGCACACCAGGCGACGACUACGACGACGACGAGAGCGAGGCGGCGGGCGGCCCUUUACAACCGCCCUCCAAGACAUCGCGACUCGCCAAUGAUGACGAGAUUGAUCUGGACGACGAUUCUUCCGACGACGACUUUGGCCCCAGCACCGCAGCAGCCGGUCCCACACUCCCUACAUCAUCUGCACCUACCGACAAAAACGGCACCAAGCCUCCAGGUCCCCGCGCCACAGGCCCCUCCAUGCCACAACAAAAUACAGAGUCGGACGUUGAUCACCAGUCGAGACGGGAAGAACCCGCAAGGCGCGUGCUCGGCCCAGCGGCGCCGCCCGCGGACCUCUCAGAGCGGCCACCCAACCCACCCUCCUCCGACGAAGACUCUGAUGAUGACGACGACGACGACUACGGGCCCGCGCUGCCCACGUCGGCACAGGCAGCACAGCGCUCGGCGGCUGCAGCAGAAGCGUCGGCAAGGCUAGCCCAGGACGCGGAGUCGGCGGCGGUGGCGGCGGCGGCGGCACCCUCAAAGCGCGACGACUGGAUGAUUCGUCCGCCGCCACCGACCAACAAGCCGGACCCGACCAAGAUCCGGGCCAAGGGCUUCGCGACCGGCCGCGCCGCCACGUCGACCGCGGGCCAGAACCCAGGCGAGAUCGGAUCGAUGUGGACGGAGACGGUCCAGGAGCGUAAGGACCGCAUCCUCUCACGUCGCGGGCCGGAUGCGUCAUCAUCGUCAGCGGCGGCAACAUCCAACAAGAACCCCGGAGAUGACGCGCGCGACGCCGCCAUCCGCGCCUACACCUCCCAGACUCGCGGAAAGUCGCUGUACGAGGAGCACCAGGCCAACCGCAAAGCCGGUGGCGGGGCGAGGACGGCCGGCGAGGAGGACGACCCCAGCAAGAGGGCGUUUGAUCGCGAAAAGGACAUGGCCGUCGGCGGGAGGGUCACCAACGCCCAGAUGAGGGACCUCAGGAAGCAGGCUGCCGAUUUUGGCGGUAGGUUUAGCAAAGGCAAAUACUUGUGA